GCAGUUUGUUCGGCUCAGUUUGUGAAUUUGAGGCAACAGAUAAUCAGGGCGUGACCAAAACACGCUCCUCAUUUGCAGAAAAGUGAAACGGAAGCUGCUUUAAAGGUUUUAACCAAGAUGUGAAGUGGAGUGUCCCUAGAGACUUCUAUCAAGACCUAGCUAGUAUGGUGGUCGACAGCGACAAGACCACCAAUCACUUGGCUAAGAACGAGGCCAAUGUAGGCAAAAGGACAUCUCACAUUCUGUGUCCACCGUUCCAGUCGGACGACAAUGCCAGCUUCUUGCGAGCUGCGCGGGCGGGAAACCUGGAAAAGGUCCUCGAAUACCUCAAGACCGACACGGACAUUAACAUUUGCAACCCGAACGGUCUCAACGCCCUACAUUUGGCCUCAAAAGAAGGCCAUGUCCAUGUGGUCAACGAAUUGUUGUCCCGUGGGGCCAAGAUCGACUCGGCCACCAAGAAGGGAAACACCGCAUUGCACAUCGCAUCGUUAGCUGGACAGGAGGAAGUGGUGAAGAUCCUCAUUGAGCACGGGAGCUCGGUGAAUGUUCAGUCCCAAAAUGGCUUCACCCCAUUGUACAUGGCCGCGCAAGAGAAUCACGAUGGUGUGGUUCGAUUUCUUCUCCAAUCUGGUGCCAACCAGAGCCUUGCCACAGAGGACGGCUUCACCCCUCUAGCCGUCGCACUGCAGCAAGGCCACGAUCGAGUUGUGGCAGUCUUAUUGGAGAACGACACCCGUGGCAAAGUCCGAUUGCCCGCAUUGCACAUCGCAGCCAAGAAGGACGACACGAAAGCGGCUGGACUUCUGCUCCAGAACGAUCAUAAUCCCGACGUGACCUCGAAAUCGGGGUUCACUCCCUUGCACAUAGCCUCCCAUUAUGGAAACGAAAGCAUCGCAGCCUUGCUCCUCACCCGAAAUGCCAACGUCAAUUAUGCCGCCAAGCAUAGCAUCACUCCGCUUCAUGUGGCGGCCAAAUGGGGCAAGGCCAAUAUGGUCCAAUUACUCCUGGAUAAGGGCGCCAAUUUGGAGUCCAAGACCCGCGAUGGACUCACCCCGUUGCAUUGCGCCGCCCGAUCCGGUCACGAGAACGUGGUGGACGUCAUGAUCCAACGGAGCGCUCCCAUUUCGGCCAAGACCAAGAAUGGACUGGCCCCUCUACACAUGGCCUCUCAGGGUGACCACGUGGACGCAGCAAGGAUCUUGUUGCAUCACAAGGCGCCGGUGGACGAAGUGACCGUCGAUUACUUGACUGCUCUUCACGUGGCUGCUCAUUGUGGGCACGUGAGGGUGGCCAAGUUGCUUUUGGAUCGCAAAGCCGAUCCUAAUGCCCGUGCCCUUAACGGAUUCACCCCUCUCCAUAUCGCUUGCAAAAAGAACAGGAUCAAAGUGGUCGAGCUGCUCCUCAAAUAUGGAGCCUCGAUUGAAGCGACGACCGAGUCCGGUUUGACCCCGUUGCACGUGGCAUCCUUCAUGGGUUGUAUGAACAUCGUCAUCUACUUGAUCCAACACCAAGCUAGUCCGGAUGAAGCCACGGUUCGCGGCGAGACUCCUCUUCAUUUGGCUGCCCGAGCCAAUCAGACGGAUAUCAUUCGCAUUCUUUUGCGCAAUGGAGCCAAAGUCGACGCCAGAGCCAGAGAACAACAAACCCCUCUUCAUAUUGCCUCGCGAUUGGGCAAUGUGGACAUUGUGGUUCUCUUGUUGCAAAGUGGCGCUCAAGUGGACGCUACCACCAAAGAUUUGUACACAGCCCUUCACAUUGCUGCCAAGGAGGGUCAAGAAGAGGUUGCUGGUGUUCUAAUUGACCACAACGCUUCUCUGACUGCCACAACAAAAAAGGGAUUCACUCCCUUGCACCUGGCGGCCAAAUAUGGCAACAUCAAGGUCUCGCGCCUCCUUCUUCAACGGGAAGCUCCCGUGGAUGCUGAGGGCAAAAAUGGCGUCACACCCCUUCAUGUGGCAGCUCAUUAUGACCACCAGAACGUGGCUCUUCUUCUACUAAAUGAGGGAGCCUCCCCUCAUGCUGCCGCCAAGAAUGGAUACACUCCAUUGCACAUCACAGCAAAGAAGAACCAGUUGGACAUUGCCAAGAGCCUCUUGGAAUAUGGCGCUAAAACGGACGCCGAAUCCAAGGCUGGGUUCACUCCUCUCCACUUGGCAGCACAAGAAGGCCAUGUUGACAUGACUAAUCUCCUAAUGAAGAAUGGAGCAGAUGUGAAUGCCAAGGCCAAGAACGGCUUAGCCCCCAUGCACCUAUGUGCCCAGGAAGACCGGGUAAACGUUGCAGCCAUUUUGGCCAGCAAUGGAGCCGAGCAAGACGCUGAGACAAAGGCUGGCUACACCCCUCUGCACGUGGCCAGCCACUUUGGAUCCGUUGGUAUGGUCCGGUUUUUGCUGGAGCAAGGUGUCCGGGUGGAUGUUCAAAAUGAACUAGGCUAUACUCCAUUGCAUCAGGCAGCUCAACAAGGUCAUUCCCAAAUCGUUGACCUUCUUCUGGAAAACAACGCCUCGCCCAACACUGUCUCAAACAAUGGCCAAACCGCCUUGUCAAUUGCACAAAAGUUGGGCUACAUCUCUGUGGUGGAGACCUUGAAGGUGGUGACUGAGCAAGAGGUUACUACGACGACUACCACCACAGUUGAAGAGAAAUACCGUGUUAUGGCUCCAGAGUCCAUGCAUGAAACUUUCCUCUCCGAUUCAGAGGAUGAAGGAGGUGAUGACUUGCUGGAUUCAACUGCCUACAGUCAGGCAGAGGAUAAGCACCAGGAAAUGGCGGGAUACGAGGGACAAUCCCUGGCAAAUCCCAGUGAAGAGAACAUGUUGGGCGAUCAUUCCUACAAAUACUUGACGGCUGACGAGAUGAAGUCCCUGGGCGAUGAUUCCAUGCCUAUUGACGUCACUCAUGACGAGAAACAACAACACAGGGACACACUGCCUCACCCACAACAGAUCAAAACCAACGGAUCCAUGAUUGUGAAUGGAAACUCGACAGCAGCUUCUGGCAGCAUUGAGGCAAAAUUGCUGCAAAUGGAGCAGAACAAGGACUACUCGUACAAUGAGAAGAUGUUUGCUGCUGACAACGUUGAUCUGCCGGUCAGGACUGGGGUCAACAUUGGAGUUUUAAAUUCACCCCAAGAAACGAUGGAGGCGAAUAUCAUUCAUGCGCCCCUAGCAUCCAAGAGAUUGCUAAAAUGGAAACAGUUCCUGGUAAGCUUCAUGGUGGAUGCGAGGGGAGGAGCAAUGCGAGGGUGUCGGCAUUCCGGAGUCCGGGUAAUCAUCCCACCCCGGAAGGCACCCAUGCCUAUGAGGAUCACUUGUCGCUAUCUGAAGAAGGACAAACUCAUCCAUCCUCCACCUCUCAUGGAGGGUGAGGCCAUUGCCUCCAGGAUCUUGGAGCUUGGACCGGCUGGAGCCAAGUUUUUGGGGCCAGUCAUUAUUGAAGUGCCCCAUUUUGCGUCCCUGCGCGGGAAGGAGCGCGAGAUCGUGAUCUUGCGUUCAGACAAUGGGGAGACCUGGAAGGAGCACACCCUUGAGGCCACAGAGGACGCUGUUCAAGAUGUCCUUCAAGAAAGCUUCGAUGCUGAUGAAAUGAACCAACUGGAAGAUCUCAACACGAACCGAAUUACAAGGAUUCUCACCACGGAUUUCCCCCAAUACUUUGCUAUUGUGUCUCGUAUUCGACAAGAAGUCCAUGCCAUUGGACCUGAUGGAGGCGUUGUGAACAGUACGGUUGUUCCUCAGGUCCAGGCAGUGUUCCCACACGGUGCGCUCACCAAGAAGAUCAAGGUUGGCCUUCAGGCUCAGCCCAUCCCGCCCGAAUUGACUGCCAAGCUGUUAGGAAACAGGGUCGCCGUCUCACCGAUUGUGACUGUGGAGCCCAGACGGCGAAAGUUCCACAAGGCCAUCACCCUGACCAUACCACUGCCUCAGGCUUCUGGGAAAGGCAUGCUAAAUGACUAUUCCUCAGGGUCUCCGCCUAAUUCACUUCGUCUUCUCUGCUCCAUCACGGGUGGCACCACUCGGGCUCAAUGGGAAGAUGUCACUGGGUCGACUCCCCUCACCUUUGUCAAAGAUUGCGUAAAUUUCACCACAACUGUUUCCGCCCGUUUCUGGCUGAUGGAUUGCAGGAAUAUCGGCGAGGCCACUAAGUUUGCCACUGAGCUCUACCGUGAGGCCAUUCACGUGCCUUUCAUGGCCAAGUUUGUUGUCUUUGCCAAGCGUCACGAUGUCAACGAAGCAAGGUUGCGUGUUUUCUGCAUGACUGACGACAAGGAAGAGAAGACCUUGGAGAACCAGGAGCAUUUCACCGAAGUGGCCAAAUCGCGGGAUGUCGAGGUUUUGGAGGGCACAAGUAACUUUGUGGAGUUCGGAGGAAACUUGGUCCCGGUGACCAAAUCCGGGGAACAACUGAGCCUCCGAUUCUGGGCCUUCCGUGAGAAUCGACUACCAUUCACUGUUAAGGUGAAGGACCCCCACUCUGAAGCAAUGGGCCGCGUUGCCUUCAUGAAGGAGCCCAAGCUAAGUAAACAAGAGGCCCCUCAAACUCCCAUCUGCAACCUAAAUGUGGACCUCCCAACGGAUAUUACUCCUGAGCCAGACUACCCAGAGGCGGGUGAGGAAUACAUGGCUCUUCAGAAGAAGCACCAAUUCCUCCGACAGGCAGGUUACGGCAAGUUUGACACAAUUCACCGUGCCGACCUCCGCAUCUCGGACAUCGGCAACCUUCUCGGCUCCGAUUGGGUCCAGGUUGCCAAGGAGUUAGAAAUCGAUGACUCGGAUAUCAAUAUCAUCAAGGCUGAGUACCCAAACAACGAAGGUCAACAAGGCAUGGUUAUGUUGCGCCUCUGGUUAAAUACCCAUGGUAAUCGCGCCACUGGCAACGAGCUGGAGAAGGCUCUUAGGGCAUGUAACCGUGACGAUAUUGUGGACAAGUGCAUGUUCAACGUAGAAAUGGUCACGGACGCCUUUGAGAAGCAAGUGGCCAAGAACCAAAUUGAGGAGGAGGUCCCAGGAGCGCGACUCCUUUCGGCACCUCUGAAACGGGUUGAUGCCAUCAGUGAGGAUGAGGAUGAAGUUCAUGAGACCAUCACAAGCACCACCACUUUUGAAGAAAAGCAAGGCCAUGACCAAACCAUCACCGAGAAGCAACACCGUGUGGUUGAAAGUGAGAAUGGAGAAACGAUCACCACCACUACCACCACUACCACAAAGAGAGUUAUCUCAAGUGAAGAGGAGGAAUACGAAAAAUCCCAAUUUGACUCCUCUUAUGAGCGGGAUGAGGCCAAAUACUUGGCGGAAGAAAAGGAUCCGGACUCUCAUCAGGAAAGCAGCGAGAGUGAGGAGGAAGAACAAGAAGAGGAGCGCAUUGAAGUCAUUGAGGAGACCCGAACCGAAGUGGCAGAGGCUCCCAUGAGGACCAGCACCCCUCCCCCGAGCCCCUUGGUGAAACAUGAGCCCAUGGAAGAAUUCCAACGAGGGACCGAAACUUCCCUCGAGGAAGCUGUCCAAAUUGCCGCCAAAGACAUAAAUGACGAAGCCGAGGUUUCGAUCCCAGUGGUCGAAGAGAGACAAGAAUAUCACCAGGAAGAACAGAGCUCUUCCACCCGGAGCUCUGAAAGCCAAGCCCAAAAAACCACUCAUGUUGACCAUGCUGAGGAACGUCAUACUCAGGAGAAAGCUUCCCUCAAGUCUUUUUCCUCAUCCUCAUCAUCAACCACUACCACCACCACCACCACGGUGGGCUUUGUUCAUGUGGAAUCCUCUGGCACCCUCCCCAAGUCAGUUGAGAUCACAUCCGGGAAAUUCUCUCCAGAUUCUGAAAUCUCGAUUAAAGAGAAACAUCAUAGCGAGCUCACUGAGAAAGAAACACGUAGCUCGAGCAAAUCCUUUUUAGAAAAGCACAAGGUUCUGAUGUUAGUCCAGGAACAUGAAGGAAGUCCCAUGGAAAGCCCAAUGACCGAAAGUGGCCAAUGGACAGAAUCUGGGAUAUCCACUGCCGGAGAAUCUUCUGGUCUUGCCACAGGAAAGGCAUUUAAGCCCCAGAUUUUGGAUCUCCAAGAUCAAUCUAUUGAUACCGAUGCAGAUCUCUCAGACAUGAGUCCCAUGGGCACAGAAGUUGCCGCGGGUAAAGCUCAGUUGAGCCCUAUUCAUAGUCAGAGCUCUGAAAGCCCCAAACAGAGUACUGAAAAAUGUAUUGGUCUAAGUGCAGCCUCAACAGCCAGUCCAGAUAGUCCAGCUCAAUGGAAGUCCGUCCUUGCAUCAACUGACAAAGAAACUGAUGUCCAGAAUCUGGUGGACACUGCAGAUGCCAAUCUCAGUCCUAUAUUAUUCACUGAGAGCAAAGCCACGAGCCCAAUGUCAGCCAUUGAAUCUCAAUACAUGGUGGAUGCCACAUCUAGUCCACCAAAAAGAGUUCUCCAAAGUGCUUCAACAUCCCCUCCUAAAGCAGGAGACUUGGAAAGCAUUAAAAAUUCGCCAUCGAGUGAGUCAUCCAGACCAGCCAUUGGUACAAGUGAACAGCCAGGAUCAUUUGAGUUUGACAUGGACAUGGAUUUGUCCCAAUUAUCUUCUGAUGUGAAGCAAAUGGAAGAAAAAUCAUCCAACCAAAGCACCACGACCAAAGAAUACCAUUUUAGUCAUGAGCUCACCAGCCGUUCUGAGGGUAGUACUUCGAUAGUGGAGCGAACUGUAGUUGGUAUUGAAUCAAUAACAAGCAUGGAGGCGCAAGCCCUUCAGGCCAAUGUUGCAGUGACUGAGAAGGAGACUACAGAUUUUCCUUCUCUCAUAAUGGAAAGAGAUCCAGCUACUCGAAUGGAAAGCUUAAAACUGGAGACAGAAUUCGAAAGAGUUCAUGAUCCUCAAACAUUUGAGGCUCGAAAAGAGUAUAAAGAAGAAGUUGCCGAAGAGCCUUGCAUUGAAAAGAAAGUUGGGCUCCUAUUUGAGAACCAACCCACAAGUGAACAUCAAAUUUCAGACUCCCUCAUUCAAAAGCAGACGGAAGUAGAGGAAGAUUUGAUUGUGCCAAAGGAGAUUGGUUUGUUGUACAAAGGUCUGAAGGACCAAGACACGAUGCUAGGAGAACAAAAAAAUAUGCAACAAGGCAAACUUGAAGGCCCAGAUGAAAACUUACCUGGCGCUUAUGACGUAAAACAAAAAAUAGAAGUCAAGAGACACAGUCCAGAACCGCAAGACUCAACUGCAGAUUCUGCGGUUGAUGAGCCUAUUUGCAUUGAGAAACAGUUUCAAGCACUAGUUGAAGAUGAGUCUCAAAUGGAAAGACAUGCAAACUCUGACAAUAAAUUGGAGCAAGAUAAUGCAACAGAAAUUAUUCAUGUGGAGCAAGAUAAUGCAACAGAAAUUAUUCAUGUGGAGCAAGAUAAAACAACAGAAAUCCAUGGAAAAGAGCAAGACAAAACAACAGAAAUCCAUGGAAAAGAGCAAGACAAAACAACAGAAAUCCAUGGAAAAAAGCAAGACAAAACAACAGAAAUCAGUGAAGGGGAGCAAAGCAAGACUACAGACAUUGAUGGAAAUCAAUCAGAAUCAAAACCUCAAGUAGAGGCAACAGAAAAGAGCAAUGACAGACCUAUUGCACCGGGUCAAAAAAAUGCACAAGCUCAUUCUUACCAUCAAAGCACCUCUAUUGUCCAAGAUUACAAGAUUUUCGAGAGGGAGUCAAUUACUACCCGAAAGUCAAGCUCUUUGUCUGACCAGACGUUUGUGGAGCGAGCAGUUAUUUCAACCCAAUCGUCAAUGGUUGCUUCUCAAGUUCAAUUAUCUGGCGCUAAAUCAUCUGAAAAUAUGGAUCAAAGCAUCCAAGAGACAAAGCCCGCAGAUGAAGCCUCAUUCCAUAACAAGAUUGUUGCUAAAUUGCAAGUUGAAGCUGACCCUUCAUUGAAUCAAAGCUCCUCCCAUUCUAGUUCAGAAAUUAGUGAGCAAAAAAUCUCAGGGCAUUCAGAUUCUGUGGAUCAACAAACUGAUUUGGAAACAAGUCUUCAUAUCCCAAAGGAUCAGCCAACAGAUCAAGCAUCUUUGUCCCAAGAUUCCAGAACUAUCGAAGCCUUAAAAACUGAUGCAGGAGUAGCGGAAAGUAUCUGCAUUGAGAAGAAAAUUGACUUGCUUUAUGAAGAUGAGUUGGGCAUUGAUGAAGACAAACCUACUUCCCAAGCAAAACCUGAGACCCCCUCUGAAACGCAAACCUAUGAACCAUCUUCUGAGUUAAGCUCCAAAGAAAUUGAUGUCAUUGACGGACAAGUCUCAAUGGAACAAUCAGAUUCCUCUGAUCUUCAUCAAGUACAAUCUAAAAUUCAGACUUCCCCAACCUACAAAUCUGGCACCGGGGUUCUUGAUGACCUACAAAGUGCCCAGAAAUUUCUGCCUUUGUCACAAAUUGAACAAAUCACGGAAGUGUAUGAGCCUGUUUGCACUGAAAAGAGAAUUGAGUUGCUUUAUGAAGAAGAUACAUCUUCAGGAGAAGGAUCCAAAAGACCUCCUACAACCUUCGCUCCUAAAACUCCAAGUCCACUUGAUGCAGAGGCCAAUGAACCCAUUUGUAUUGAGAAAAUAAUUGAUCUACAAUACGAGGACGAAAAAUCUGCCAAAAAUACCGACAUGAAGGUGCAAGAUGCAUUUGCUAGUGAAACACUUGAAAGUUUUCCAAGUAGACCCUAUGUCAAUGAACCUCUGUGCAUUGAGAAGAGAGCUACUCUCCUUUAUAAAGGUGAAGAGGGGACAGACAGAUCUGAAAUUUCACAAACACGCACUCAGGGUGAUUUGGAAGUGAAUGAACCUAUUUGCAUUGAAAAACAAGUUGAAUUGCAAUAUGAUGACUCGAUUCCUUCAAAAGACAUCACAACAGUAACUCCUUCUGAGACAGUUCAUUCACAUGAUUCAGAGACAAACAAGCCUUUUACUUUUGAGAAGAAGGUUGAGCUGCAAUGCAAAGAAAUAACAGCUUCUAGGGAGAGUCUCACUUUACAUAAAGAACAAUGCAGCAGUAAACAAGGUGAAAUCCUAAUUGAGAAGCCGCUUGAGGUCAUUGAAAAAGAACCUGAUGUUGAACCCUCAUUUGAGUUGCAAGGUGAAGAAGGAUCAUCCACUUCUGCACUGCAAUCAAGAUCAUUGUUGCAAGAUACCAAAACAAUCAUACACCUGGAGUCAUCCUCAUCUCAUUCAUCAUCCGCCAGCCAACUUACUUUGACACAUCAAUCCAAAGAUGUGACUCAUUCCUCAACAAAACCUGGUCAAAUGGUUUCUGUGUCAAGCGCGGCCUCAGUGAGUGAAACAAAACUCCAAAAUGUAGUCACAGGAACUACCCAGAGCAAUAAGGGAUCUGAUCAAGAAACCGAUAAUUCACACUUUGGCGAGCAUUUCACCAAAGAAUCCACUGCUUUCUUGGGAAGCGGAGUUACUCCAGAUUUCUCCAAGCUCAAGGAUAUUGUAUUAUUAGACCAAAGAAAUCCAACCACUUAUGACAAAACGUUGGUUGCUGGCGCAAACAAAAACAUUGGUCGAGAUGGAAAAGACAUAGAAAAUUCUGGUUUUGAAGAAUCAUUUUUGGAACCAAGAGACCCAUUACUAAAAGAAACGACUUUCCGAAAAGGUGGUGAUGUAACAAUGACUAUAGGACAAGAAGAAACAAACAAAAGUGUAGAAAUUGAGGUAGAAACAUCCUCUUCUCUUUUGACCCAAAGAUUUGAAUCAAAAGAGCUUCAUGAUGGAGUGACUGUUGAAAAAACAAGAACAAUUACCUCUGCCAAAGGCGAAGACAAGGAAGAUCAGAAGACCCUUAUUCCUGUUAUGGAAGAACAAUCUUCGUUGAUAUCUCUUGACUCUCAAAAAGCAAAGUUUGCCUCUGGGUCUGAACAAGAUAAGGGCAAAAAAAAUCUUGAACUUGCUGAUCAACCAAGGUUUGUUCCUGAGGGAUCUACCAAUUUGGAGGAUGAGACUAUCUCCUCAUUUGUCACUCAAACUUUUGAGUCCAAAAAGCGUCAAGAUGGAGUGACGGUUCAAAAAGCAAUAACAAUUACGUCUGCCAAAGGAAUUGACAAUGAAGAUCAGAAAAAAACUGGCAUUCCUGCUACUGAAGAAAAAUCAUCCUUGGAAUUUCUUGACUCUCAGAAAGCAAAGUUUGCUUCUGAGCCUGAACGAGAUGAGGAAGAAAAAGAUCUUGAACCUGCUGAUCAACCAAAGGUUUUUCAAAUAGAAUCUACAAAAGAUGAGAAUGUGACAAGCUCCUCAUUUGUCACUCAAACAGUUGAAUCAAAGGAGUUGAAUGAUGAAGAGACCAUUGCAAGAACAAGAAUAGUUACGUCGGCCAAAGGUGUUGACAGUGAAGAUCAAGAGACUGUCAUUCCAGUACUUGAAGAAACAUGUUUCCUGGAAUUUCCUGCAUCUCUAAAAUUUGACCUUGCUUCUGGGUCUGAACAAGGUGAUAACAAGCAAGGUCUUGAAUCUACCAAUCAAUCGCAAAUCGUUCAAGAGGGAUCAACAGAAUCACUGAAUGUAGCAAGCUCCUCUCUUGUCACUCAAACAUUUGAAUCAAAGGAGCUUCAUGAUGAAGUGAUUGUUGAAACAACAAAAACGAUUAAGUCUGCCAAAGGUAUUGACGGUGAAGAUCAGGGUACUGUCAUUCCAGUCCUUGAAGAACAAGAGCCCUUGGAAUUUCCUGAUUAUCAACUACCAAAGCUUGCCUCUGGGUCUGGGCAUGAUGAUGACCGUCAAGGUCCCGAAUCUGCAGAUCAACCAAAGCUUGGUCAAAAGGAAUCUGCUGAACUAGAGAAUGUAACAAGCUCAUCAUUUGUCACUCAAACAUUUGAGUCAAAAGAGCUUGAUGAUGGAGUGACUGUUGAAAAGACAGUAACAAUAAGGUCUGACGGCAGAAGUGGUAAUCAAGGUCAGGAGACAACUAUUCCAGUCCUUGAAGAACAAGAGCCCUUGGAAUUUCCUGAUUAUCAACUACCAAAGCUUGCCUCUGGGUCUGGGCAUGAUGAUGACCGUCAAGGUCCCGAAUCUGCAGAUCAACCAAAGCUUGGUCAAAAGGAAUCUGCUGAACUAGAGAAUGUAACAAGCUCAUCAUUUGUCACUCAAACAUUUGAGUCAAAAGAGCUUGAUGAUGGAGUGACUGUUGAAAAGACAGUAACAAUAAGUUCUGCCAAAGGUGUUGACAAUAAAGAUCUAGAGGCAGUCAUCCCUGUUACUGAAGAAAAAUCUUCCUUGAAAUCGCCUGCAUCUCAAAAAGUUGACGCAGCUUCUGAGCCGGAACAAAAUAAGGAUGAAGAAGAUCUUGAACCUUCCAAUCAACUAAAGGUCGUUCAAAAAGAAGUGCAUGAAGAUUCUACUCAACAUAAAAGUGUUAUGAGCUCCUCAUAUGUCUCUCACAAGUUUGAGUCAAAGGAGCAUCAUGAUGUUGGAACGCUGAUGAAGUCCUUAAGUCUUGGUGCAACCAAAAGCUUUGGCAAAGAGGAUCAAGUAUCCAAGGGUUUGGAGUUGGAAGGAAAAUCUGACCAUGAAGUCUCUGCUUCAAUGCAUAGUCAAGAUAACAUAGUGACAGACCUAGAAAAGAAGUUUUUCAAAAGCUCCACUCAACCAGAAAUGUUGGAGUUUGAGGUCACUAAAGAGACAAGAGCUGAAUAUGUUCAUGCCACUGCCGACUUACAAGCUACAUUCCAAUCCUCGUCAUUUGUUUCUUCCACAAGUGUUUUGCCCGAUACAAGAGCUGCUGAAAUGUCUUUUGAAAAGGAAUCCGCCUACAAAAAAAUACUUUCUUCAAUACCUGAUGGUGAAUUUUCUGAAGCAAUAAAAAAAGACUCGAGCUCAAUUCAAAUAGAUGAUCCUGUCACUGAUUCUCAAGGUGCCACCGGUAUUGAUGAGCCUAAAAGGAAACAAGAUCUAACUGAAACAAACGAGGCAACCUGCAUUGAAAAGCAGAGAAGUUUACACUAUAUGGAUGGUUCUGCCCUUGAAAGUACUGAAGAUGCCAAAGGUGGAAGUCAAGAGCAUCAAGAGGAAGGGGGUCAAGAAUUGAGACUGUCUGAGGAAAAACAAAGGAAAGAGAGCAAAGGCUUAGGUCAAGGUAAAAUGGGAUCUGUUGAGGAACUCUCCAUUGCAAACCAAUCUGUGGUGGCCCAUGCUCAAAUUUCUUCAAUGGAGCCAUUGCAAGAUGCCUCUGAGUUCACUGUGUCUCACUUUCAUGAUCGUGCCUCUUCUGCAUCUGUCACUGUUGCAGAAUAUGUUUGCCAAGAACAUCAGGUUGUUUCUACUGAUGUGAAAGAAGAACAAGACGGUCUUGAUGAGUACUACUACAAUGAAACGUUUCAGAGAGACACCUCUGUAGAUUCAUUUGGCAACGAUGAUAUGACGCGAUCUGAUGACAUUGAUGAAAUGUUGGUUGUGGUAAUGCCUCCUGGUAGAUCCAAACAAGAUGUCAUGGAUCAAUCUGAUCAAGAGUUUGACGAGGUUAAUGCCCCCAGAAUAAUGAUAACCCCUAGCUUUGAUGAAGGAACUGAUAGUCUCUCUAUGGACGACAACGUUAUGGAGAGCUUCGAAGUAGACAAAUCUAUAGCUGGACAGACUUUAUUUGAAGAAGAUGAAGAUGAACUUGCUGCCGAGAUGAACAAUGAAGAAGAAACUCAAGUUGGCAUAGAGGUUGCCCCUGGCCAUGGCAUUGCUGAUGCUCUUCGACAAACAAUUCAAGAUGCGGUUGCUCCAGUCAUCCAUUGCGCUCCAAUUCAAGAAUUUGUUGGGAAUGACGAGACUGAAUCAAAUUCUGAAGGCCUCCUUGACAGUGAUGAAAAGGAUCACAUCCUCAGAGCUAUGCUUGAAGGGCAUGAUUCUACUGAUGAUCUUGAAAAGCAACUAGAGCAAGAAGUAGAUAGUGAGGAGCAUCGUCCCUCAGGGGAAAUGAAAGUCUCUGAAAGCAAAGACAACGUCCAAGAAACAUUUUCUUCAAAUGUUGAUACAACUAUAUCGCCGGGAGAGAUUUCUAUUAGUGAUGAAGAUUUUUUGUGUCAGGCUGAGAAAGACCACAUUCUUCAGGCAAUGAUGACUUUUCAUCAAGAAGACUCUGUCGAGGAACAAAAAAAAAUCGACAAAAUGAUUGAGACACCAAAUGAGGAAUUGAAAAACCUGUGCGAGAUGGCCAAAAAUCUUGCUGAAAAAGUGACAGAACCCCCUCAGACGAAAGUUAUUCAGGAAUUCUCCAAUAUGACUGAAUUAGCCAAAACUCUGGCUCUAGAGUCCGGGCAAACAGCCACCAAGGUUUCGAGGGUUGAAUGCAGUACGACUGACGCCAGGGAACUCCCAACUUUGAGUGCUUUAAGUCAUACGUUGACUCAAGACCCCUCUUCAUUGGACUCAAUUGAGAUCAAGCAAGUAACGCAAAAGGCAAAUGAGAGUGUGGUUCAAGUAACCCGAAUUCAGCGUCGAUCUACAAUUGAUGAGCUUCCUAUUCUCUCUGGAUUGGCUCAAUCUGUUGGAGCUUCAACGAGGAAACUGGAAAGUCCAAAAGGAAAGAAAUCUGAGAGGCUGAGGCCAUCAAAGUCCUUGGUAGAGACUGUUCCAAUUCAGGCGUCAGGCGAGUUGAAAACAGUUGUGAAAGAAGGUGAAGAUUUGCAAGCAAAGGUUUGUCAAAAACUUGCUUUUGAGGAGGAGACAAAGAAGACAAUUGUAAAAAUUGAAAAGGAAGUAACCACAACCCUGGCUUCUCUUGAUGACAUUGUUCCAACUCUCUCUCAAAUGACUGCUCACCUCCUAAGAAAGGGCACCGUAAAUGAUUUUCCUCUUGAAUCUGAGGAGGAGGAGGUGCUUGGCGAGACACCUGUUGGUGAUUUCAGACUUAUGGAAAGUUUCCGAGCUCAUUUUGUUCAAGAUUUGGACUUUGAGGCACCUCCUUGUCAGGAGUUGAUUCAAUCACCUGAGGAGGAACUAACUCUCAGAGAUUGUUAUGCACUUGAUGAGACCCAAAUCAAGCCUAAAGAGGACAACAUUGCUAUUGAAGGUAGAAGUCAUCGCGCAUUCUCGUCCAAGAAAAUACAAGAAGAAGAACAAGACGAAAGUGGCCUCGAAAUGAUGUCUCGAGAAGGACAAAGUCUGGAUGACUCUGUGUUUGACCCAAAUAAUGAUACCUUAAUAAGUGAUAAGACGGACUCUUUGCUAAGAGGCUCAACCUUAAUUGAUUCAUUUAUCUCUGAUGGAACUCUUUCUUCACAUACUUUGGAAGCUGACCUACCCUCAGACGAAGAAGACUUGGACACUGACACUGAAAGCCCCACGCUCAAGCGGAGGAAGGAGCAAUUGACCAUCAUGGCUAAAACCGUUAUGGCGGAGACACAGGUUGAAAUUCUAAUGAGCCACGUCUCUCAAGCAGCACAAGAUAUUAAGGCAGAGGUAAAAGAACUCAAAUCUGACCUCACUCCUGAACUUGAAUUAAAAGAAGUUUCAGUCCCAGUGGAGGAUCACAAAAGCAUCUGUGAGGCUUUUGAAGAAGAAGGCUCUACUGAUGUGACUGAUGUGUCUGUACUGUCCAAAUUUGAAGAAGCAACCCUCCAGGAGCCAAUGAGUUCAAAAGAGUCAUCUAUUGAGGUCAGUCAGAAAAUUUUGCAACCUCAACAUGAAUCCAAACUUCAUGAAACUCGAGGAUUGCGAAAGGCCACCCCUGAACUCUCCGAUAUGGUAGGAAUACAGAUGACACCUAUUCUAAAUUGGACUCCAAUAACCAAACAACAAGACAUCUCUUUGGAAUCCAGAUUUCCUCCCAGUAAGUUCAAGGUUGAAAACCCAAAAGAGGUGGACCAGGAUCCUAAUUGGCUGAAGGACAUAACAAGUGAAUUUACGAGUUCCUCUGAUAGUAGUCGAAUAAGUAAAGAUGACAUUUUGUCAUCCUCUCCAAAAACUUUCACGAGCACAUCAUCCAGUAGUGCUUUGUCUUAUGAGCGAGAAGGCACUCAGUCUUCAAUUGAGUCUCACACAACUUCACGUUCAAGCGAUCAAUCUGGAGUGCUGACAACUGACUCUCAUGAAUCCCGAUCAGCCAAGACUUCCAGUUACUCUUCAUCAAGAGUGUCAAAGGUGUCUACCGCCUCAAGUGAACAAGAAUAUUACUAUCGUACAUCAGAAUCCAGCGAGGCUCGGGAAAGUAAAGAUAGCAGCCCAAUGUCAAAAUCUCCUGUGGAACAAUUAAAAACUAGCUCCCCAGAUGAUUCUAGUCACUCCAUGCCGGCAAGUCCCCUAAAACUUUCUCCUGAACAGGUGCAUGGGACCAAGAAAGUGACCACAUCUGAACUAUUCUCCACUGAAUCUGACAUUUCGCGCUCUCUAGACUUAGUCUACAAAGAGCCUGGUGAAGAUCCAAAAGAGAUAUUUAAGCAACAAUACAGUCGAAGCAGCUCAGAUGGGUCAACCUCUCAGCUCUCGCGAUUGGAAAAACGGAAACCUUCUGUGACGCAAUUUAAGAAAACUUCCUCUAGUAGCUCCUCUUCUGAAGAAAUUGAAACCAGAAUUCGAUCAGUCGAUGAGUUACCAAGGGGGGAAAUAACCCCUCCAUCAGGCAAGAAAACGCCAUCUCCAACAAAAAUUAAAUUUCCAAUGUCAGCAGUAGGGAUUAAGGAGCAGGUUUCAGAGGAAAAGAUCUCGCCUGUUCUUGAGGUGAGGGUGCAUACUCCGGAGAAAUCUACGAAGAAAGGAUUUGCUUCCAAAGAAUCAAAAGAUGAAGUGGAUGAACGCAUGGUUGAACGUGAAGAUGAGGUUCAGGAAUCAGAGCCUCUGGAAAAAGUGAGGGAAGUACUCUGUGAUGUCCAAAAAGACAUGUUGAUCUUGCAAAGUGGAAGUCUGUCUCACAAGGAUGCCCUGGACAAGGUGGAAGACAUUCGUCAGCAACUGGAUGAUUGCAAGCUAUCCUUGAGUUUCUACCCAAACGAAAGCAAGGACUUGAGGGAAGCUGUGAAUGAUCUGGAUGAGAACUUGGUAGAAAUUCGAUCCUCCUUGAGACCCAAUGUUCUCGUAUUCACGCCGGCCUCUGAAAAUAUGGUGGUGGAAAUGCCAGCCACGCCCCAAGUUGAAAGCACCUCAGAUUCCUUUUUGAAGCCAAUCCCAGGAUCUGGUUCAGUGGUAGAAAUGUCCGACAUGAGUGAUGCCUCUGACAAUGAGGAAAUUGAGCGUAGAUACUCUAUAACCACGCCCAUGGAAGAGAAGAGUCUGGAACAAAUCCAAAUGAAGAACACCCAAGAGACUCCCGUGCAUUCAGAAGUUGGGUAUGAAGAGGCCAAGCUCUUUGAGUCUGACCUUGACUACACAAUACAAUCCUUCGCAGCUGAACGUGGCAGUCUCAUUGAUGACAGUGCAGAGGAAUCUGGUUCUGACAACGAUAGGCAAGAAGAAAAUGAAGAGGUCAUUUCUAGCACUCCUGAUGCAGAAAAGUACUUUCAAGCCCAUGUGCGAUCCCAACAGACCAGAUACAGUCACGGAGACUUGGAUAUAGAAGUCGGUUCGCUAAAAGAUCAGGAACAUCAAUCCACCUUGAAAGUGAAAGAUCUGCAUCAAGAUGACAUUUUUGACAUUCACGAUUUGAGAGAACUGCCAAACCUAAAGGUUGAGACUCAUUUCCAAGGACCGUUGUCAAGUUAUGAGGCUCUUUAUGACGAGACGGAAUUGGAAAACGUCCAAGCCGAUCCCAAGAUCGGAGCAGAUAACAUUCGCUUGGCGGCGCGUCACCAGGGGACUUUCCAAGGGGGUCUGGAGGAUGGACAACCCAGUAGUUAUGAGAAUAUAUACCAACCGGACCAAGAUGACUUGGUGUGCCCUCCUCAGAGCUCGUCGAAUGAACUUCCAAGCUCCAGAUGGUCGGCUCCAGUCAGCAGUAUUGAACCUCCCAUUCUGCAAGAGGACGAGUUUCAAUCUAGAUAUGGGGAAGUGCGAGAUAGGAUUGAAUCUCAUUGGAAUGAUUUAGCCAACAUUGUUGGAACAGCGCCAGGUUUUGACACUGAGCAACUAGGACAUGCACCUCCCACCCUCUCAGAACGCAGGUCCUCGACCACUUCGUCCUCGUCUAAGUCUUCGACGAAGUCCUCGUCCAAGUCCACCUCGGACAAAGACAAACACGAGCCUGAGGCUGAAAUGGAACGAGACGACAGCCUCGAUGACGAGAUGAUUGUCCAUGAGGAUGAGGAUCCCCUGGGUGAUCCUGCUCAAGCCUUCCACGAGCAGGAGCGUCAAGAGCCCGAGAGGCUGUCCGUCUCAAUCCAAGAAGAGGAUGAAGGUGAAGGGGACGACUAUUACGAGGGCGAGAUCAAAAGUAAGCGCCAACCCAUGGCUAGCUCAACACCGGCUAAGUCCAUGACGCAUGGGUCUUCUUCGGCUUCUAUCUCCCCUGCUAACUCUCCAUCCCCGGAUAACAACCCGCCUACCCGACCCCCCAACUCGAUUUCUUCCAUCCCCUCGCACCUCUUUGUUGAUAACCACAUGGUGUCAAAUAUGUCGGCUGAUUCCAUGUUCGUCAAUGUGGCAAGCGAGAGUGAAUUUGUUGCAGAUGACACCGUGGAGGAUACAGCCGAGGAGUUUGACCAAGGUGACGAAGACUCGCUGCAAUUCAUGGUUAUCGAGGAGAAGUCGGAGCCGCAGUUUUUCGCCGAGCGCAAAGACGAGGUUUCUGAGCCAGUUGCCGUGGAAGAAAAAGAGACUUGCGAGCAAUUUGCCAUGGUGGGAGGGGACCUUCGUGAGGAGGUCGAGGAGCCAAUGUGCGUUGAAAAGCGGGUGGAACUUUUGUAUGAUGAGGAGGACAGUGAAGAACAAGAGCAGAAAGAAGAGGUACUACAAAGCCAUGACAGAGAGCAUGAAAUGGAAUCUGACGAUGAACAAGACCAAAGCAGACUGUCUAGUCCUGACCCUGUCCCAAAAAGUGAUGAGGGUGAGCCUGACGAUUACUAUGAAGGCGAGGUGGAGGCACACCCGGUGGAUAAAGAGGAUACAACAAAGCCCCGAAGUAGGUCUAGCUCCUCAUCUUCCUCAUCGUCUUCAAGAAAGUCUUCCAAGUCGUCCCUAAGUGCUGACGGAGCCAAAGAUGCUCAUGAAGAACUUGAUGAUCACCUAACCACCGCUAUCACAAAAACAAGCACUACAACCACCGUUGUUCAUGAUGACCAUGACAGCAACAACGACGAUGAUGAUGAUGGCGAUGAAGAGGUUGAUCAAAACUCAGAUGGCAAGGAUUCCAUUAUCCCAAGAUCAGAUUCAGUUUUCAGACCCGAAGAGACACAGACCCAGGGAUCGAUCACCCCUGACUUGCCUUUACCCGAGACCCUCUGUGGAUCUGACAUUCCGAGCUCCACCGAGCAAGGCGAGAGGUUGACCUUUGGAGACAAGAAGAAGUUCUGGGAACAAAUGUCCAGUACUGAAUCCAUGGCGUCAAGUGUCUCCGAUCAUAAUUUAGAGGCCAAGGCCAGUAAUACUAUGACAGCUCAAUCCCCCAUGACAGACAUUCCAGAGGAGAGGGCUGCAUCGUUUGAGGUCAGCCAAGUUCUGUCUAAGAAAAUCAAUGUGGACGAACUGUCCUUCAGUGGCAUCAAGUCCGAGUGGACCAAAGAGGAAUUGGCAGAGCAACUAACUCCAGAGCGAAAGGAACACUUUGAGACCUUUGUGAAGCCAGCCCUGGAGGAGGAUAGCAACGAGUCCUCAAUGGAAGACAAGAAAAUGCCUCUUCAGAGUAAAAGAAGCUCAAUUGACAAAGACAAGUUUGUUACGAUGCAAAUCAAAGGGGACAUCCUCGAGUCAGAGCUGGAUCAGCAAGAGGAGUCAGUGAUGAGUGAACACUUCAUUGAACAAAAUAGCACGACUAUUGUGUCAGACACAGUCACGCGUGAGACCGUAAGUUAUGAAGCCACAGAAGAUCACAGAACUAGAAUAAUUACGAACGUCACCAUCACUGAGACAGAUCUUACAGGUCAAAUGACUGAGACCCGUCAACGUUCAGAGCAAUCUGUACCUGAAGUUGACGAUCCAAUGCCGAUGACCCACGUGGUCGAAUCACAUGAAAUGGUGGAGAAAACCGCCAACGGCAGCUCGAAGUUGAGGGUGCACAUUAGCUCUGAUUCACUUCUGGUUGAUGACGACCAACUGCGACAAAAUCGCAUCUCAACACCACAUCCUGUCAAGAAGAGCAUCAUUAUCACCGCUCCUUCCGAAGAAGAUGAGGAUCAAGAUCAAGAGGAAGAACUAUAUGAUGAAGAUUAUGAUGAUUCUGCCAUUGGAGAGGCGCCCAUGGAUUUGGAAACUGCCCGUGACAUUGCCUCAGAAGUAGUGGCAAAUGUGGGUCAAGAGGCCCUAAAGAAAGUGGAUGAGAUUCGUCGAUCUCAAGAGGAACUUGACUUUGAGCAAUCCAUGCCCAAACCCACUGUUGAAGUCACUUUUGAUGAAUACUUUGUAGUGGAAGAUAUACCGGAUGAGUAUGAUCAAAUCGAGAUUGAUGAGGUUCAAUCUGUUCAAGAGACCACUCAGAAUCAAGAACACAACAUGGACGAAGUGAAGAGAGUAGCACAGGAAUUUGUGGAUGGCAUUGAGGAGCAAGCUAAGGAGCUCGCAGAGAGGAUCUCGCCCAUGGGAAACGAUAGUGAGACUGUCCGACAACAGAUUGAGACUGAAAAGUGGCGAGAGGAGGACAAGGCACAAUCUGCCACUCAGAUUGGGGUCUCCAACCCAAUGCAAUCUGAAGUAUCCUUAGAAAUAUCGGACUCGGAUCUUCAAGCAGAUCUAGCGGAAAUGCAAGAUGAACUGAAAAGACACUACUCUGAGGUGGAAAUGGAGAGUGACGAAAUAUCUGCGUCCGAACUUCACAAAGGUGAAGGUCGUGAGUUAAGAGAAGAGAUGGAGGAAGGUUUUGAAGAUGUGGAGGAGCGCCUGAACGACGUGGUAGAUGAGGUUGUGAUGAGUGAGGUUUCCUACCACCAUUAUGUGCCUAGCCAUUUCCCGGAGAUCACGUCCUUCCGAAGCCAUUUUGUAAGACCAUUUGGCAGUGAAGAUUCAGAGAGUGUUCUCCACCAAAAUCUGUUGGCAAUUCCAAUUCUUGAGAGCAACCAAAAUGAAUCUCAAAGAGACUUGCCCUCAGAAUCUCAUGUCUUUGGAUCUGUCCAAUCUCAUUCUGCCCAAGAUCAACAAUCUACCUUUAUCAGCUCCACAAACUCCGAGGAUAUUUGGGCCUCGGAAGCCAAAGUGAUGCUCCGUAAAGAUAGAAUUGACCAUACCAAGAAAUCUUCAGAAUAUGACUCCAGUUCAUCAAACUCAAAAUUGAAUCGCAGGUCCGGGACGGAUUUUGAAAGUGGUGGUGGUUGGAGUAGUUCUGGAGAUAAUUAUGUCACUGCCACAGCCUCUGCUUCAGCCUUGAGUAGACCAAGUUCCUCGGACAUGGAGGCAAUGUACUCUGCUAUGAGUAGUGCCAAAAGCUCUACACUCACUGCAGAUUAUGAGACCGCCCAAGGCUCAUCAACACACUCUGCCUUGUCCACGGACUAUUUCACUGCUGUCAGCUCUAUGACGUCCAAAGACUCAUUGAGAUCAUUGGACACGUCUGAGAGUUCAGGCUGUCUUGGAAGCGUGGAGGUUUCAGAGACCACCGAGCCCUCGGAAAUGCUGAUGGACCAUUCCAUUCAUUCCGAAAGAGAUCUCAUCACACCCACGGGAGCUCCCAUGGAGGAGCUUGCAUCCCAUUCGCCAAUUGUCAGCACCAUGACUCCAUUAGUUGAAGACACCUCUGAAACCGAUGAUGAGGCUCACUCACCUGUGAUACUUCCCAAUAUGAAACGGAGUGUGGAGAUGGUAUUCAAUGAUGUCAGCGAAGGUGAUGAAAAGGCCGUUCAUGCCCUUUCCGAAUCGCGCGAGACCUUGAAUGCUAGCAUUUUGACCAUUUCCAGUGGUUCCGAGGUAACUGUACAGGAAAUCAAGGACUCCUCAAAGACAACAACUGGCGAGGAAUCUUUUUUAGCGCAAGGAGCCACCCCUGAGGAGUCAAGGUGUGGUUCGAGAGAAAGCUACCAAUUCCCGCGGGUGGUAAGCUUUGAGACAUCUGUUUUCGACAGUCAUGGCCAUUCCGAGUUACGAGGACAGAAGUCUUUCGACUCCGAAUUUGGUUCCAGACCAGAAUCCGAAUUAAAGAUCCUAGAGAGCCGGCCUCAAUCCAUGAGCGAGGCAAUGUUCAGUCGAUCUUCCUCUGAAGAUCAAAGGCCAAGCUCCAAAGAAGACAUGUCUGACUCUGAGCUUCCCAUCAUGCUGAGGGUCAAGAGCGAUCCAUUUGAGAGGCCAGUCACACCUGAGCCGUGCUAUGAGGAGGAAGAGACAAUUUUAGAUGAAGAGGAAAACAUUGACAUUGCCCAAGCAGUGGAGCAAGAUCCUAAAUCAGAAGUGGAGCACAAUGUUGAGUUCCUACCUGGUGUAGAAAUAAUGCACGCACAUCCCAGGGAUGAUGAUCUUUUAGUUGAAUCACCGCCUCCAAUCAAAUCUAAGAUAGUGAGUGUGAGCUAUUGGCCGCCACUCGAAAGCAAAGAAGAUUCAGAGGAGACCAAGGGCUUGCUGGAUAAUGAGGAGGUCUACUAUACUGAAGACGUUGAAGACGAUAAGGAAUGGCUAGCACAACAAUUUGACUCUGAGAACAAGGUGAACAUUGAAGACGAAGGCUACUACUUUAGCCCACCGUUGGAUCAAAUUGAAGAGGAAGAGGAGGACCACGAAAAAGACGUGGAGCGCCUGAAGACUUGUUUGAAAGAGUCCAAGGACUUUGAUACAUCUCGCUUCAAACGUUUGGAUCAGAUGAAAGCCACUGAUCGGGAUGAUGUCAGCAUGUCGUCUUUACAAGAGUUCGAAAAACUGGAAAGCCAAGUUUCGACAUGUGGAGGUAGCCGAAGUUCAUUUGGCUCCCAGGAUUCCCUAGAAGCUGGUCCAAUCAAAGUGAUGAAGAAGAACUCGAAGGGCGAUGAUAUUUCUGUGGACAGUUAUGCGUCUUUACAGGAAUUUGAAAAACUGGAGCAAGCUUGCCACGAUGUGGUAGUGAUUGAAAAAAUGGCCAAAGAGCAAGAGGAUGUUCUUAGCGAGAUCGAGGAAGGCCAUGAAUCUCUGUACUCUGAGUCCACGGACAGUGCAGAAACUCUCUCCGAGGAUGGUCGAAGUGACGAUGACAACUCUGACGACUUUGAGGAGAGAAUGUUUCAAAUUGAUGAGAUUAUUAAGCAGGCACAGAGUAACGUGGAACAAUUUUCGACUGGUACAACCCAACAAGUCUAUAGACAAACUGAAAUGCUACCUCUUGAAGACAUCCUUGGGAAAAAUGAUUCCAAUACAGACAGCACUGGAGCUGACAAGACACCCAGUGUCGGCACUCCAGACAGCGACUCUCUGGAGGCUUCUCCACCCAAGGAAGGUUAUCAUUGUGAAGCCUAUCGGAAAAGCGUCUUAUCUGUGACAUCAGCUGCCCGCGACCAAGAUCAAAUGCAAACCUCUGUUGACAGCUUGGACAUGAAUCGCCAUACGAACAUUAUGGAAACUUCAUUAGACUCCUUGGACGGAAAACCCGUGGCCAAAGCUUCAGAAAAUACCAUGGUCCUAAGUACGGACUCCAUUGAACAGGAUAGCAAUAAUAUGUACGCCAUGACGAAGAGUACGGACAGCUUGGAGGGCAAGGGCACUGCCAAGCCAAGUACCAUGCUGAAAAGUACAGAUUCCCUAGAAGAAUCGACGACCACAUGCUCCAAUAACACAAGAGCCACUGCCAGUAUGUUGUCUUCGGGUGCCUCUGAUACACUAGUUGACGAUCUUGAAUACGAUCCAGCCAAGACACAUCCAGGAAUGAAGAAGAUGCUUUUGGCAAGUGGCGAGAUCCACAUCUCUGAUUCCGAUGACAACAGCAUCUCUUCCAAGGAUACUGUGGAUAUCUCCCACUCUCAAGUUUCUUUUGGGCACCACAUCCGCGAGGUCAUCCGUACCACUGGAGGUGAUGAGGAGUACAGUCAAGUGAUUGAGAGAACCAUCGAGCUCCCUGCAGACGUGUCACGAGUCAGUUUCCGAGGUCCUCAUGCAGAAGAAAAGAUGCGUGAGUACAUGUCCCAAUUUGGUACCGAUGACGACGUCCAAGAAGUUGAGUACGUUGACGACAAGGGGAAUGUGGUGAAGAAGAAAGUUGUCCAGCACCGGGUUGUUGUCAGCAACAGUAAAUCAAGAUCACAGGGUGGCCAAUUCAAAGAAGGCGAAACGUUUGGUUCCUCAGGGGAAGAGUAUUAUGAAGAGAUCGACGAAGAAGGUAACAAGAAGCAGUAUGUGAUCAAACAGAGAGUUGAGCCCGUGGUCCAAGCUACCAAGACCAUUGAAGUCAUUGCCGAACGCAGGCUCCAACAAGGGGUGAGGAAUCCAAUGGAAUUGAACAUUUUUAAGUCUGGGGAGUCAUCGAAACCCGGGUCUGGGUCUCAGGGUUACUGGGCUGAGGACGUCAAAGGCUCGCCAGGAGGAUCGGCAUCAGGUGGAAAAAUAACUUCAGAAACAUGGCGCAGAACUGCAUCCGCAAAAGAUGUGGAUGAUGUGAUCCAAAGGAAGAUGUCCACAGGUCACAAUGAGGGCGAAUCUCAUGCUUGAACGGUUACACGAAGCGAAUGUGGAUGAGUGAACUAGAGAACAUUUAUUAUCAUUAUUAUUAUCGAUAUGCAUACAUAUAUAUAACUUCACCUAUAUAUGAUUUACUUGUAAAAACACAUACACGGCGAUUGUCUAUAUAGAAACGUACACUUCUACAAUUAUUAUUAUUAUUAUUAUUGCUGCUGACCCAUCCCCCCCCGCAUCCUCCCCUCCCCCUCCCCUCCCCUUCUCACAUCAUAUAUUCCGACUUUUUUUCUCAGGUUGUACAUUUCUAAGUAAAAACAAACAAGAGGGGUUCUUACACUUUUACUCACCAAUGUACUCCCUCAACUUCUCUCUGCCCCUAUGAAAAAGAAACCCACUUCACUCCUUGUAAUUUUCUCUUUCCCACUCACCCUUUGAAGCUUCCAGAAAUAUGUAAAAAUCGAUUUUGAACAAUUCCAAAAUGUAACGCAAAUUUGGAGGAUUAUUAUUAUUCCUUGUUUUUAAGCCUGCCUUCAAGUUUUGUUUCCCCAUUGGGUUAGUCUUUGUUUCAUGAAGCCUUGUAGCAAACUGGCGUUUUGCUGCUGAAGAAGAUGAACAUGACCAUUUCUUUUUCCCGCUACAUUGUGUAUCUGAUAUGUUCUGUAAAAUGAAGAGAAAUGCUAGCAA